CACUCGCGUUUUUUCAAGAAAGUCUCCUGUGUUUACUCUCUCGCCACUCUUUCGUCUUGUUCAUUCUCUUGGGAAACGUUCGUUUAUCGUUAACUCUCCCGAUUAACUAUAUUCCUGUUGUUUUUACGGUAAUUUUACACGAGUACCGUUCUACAAAAAGAAAUUCGUCUCGAAAAUUUCCAUGAAAUGGAAAUUUGUUUUUAACCCAAUAAUCACAAUCGACUCUGAUUGGCCUUUUUAUAUAAUCAAUAUGAAAAGUUACAUAUACCACGUGACUAGCAUUGAUUGUUCCGCUACCAGACGCUGUUUAGAUUAUAAUUUACACAUUAAUUGUGAUACUCAUCACCGUUUACAAUCAGUAAAAUUUAAAACACACUGAAUAUAUUUUCACUGAAUAUAAUUUUUCUAUAUUAUUCCUGCCCAUUUAAAGAUAGCUUCGUGGUCCUUAAGUCCCCCGUUGUAUUUCUUGUUUUGGUUUUUGCCACUCCCCCAGCCUUUUUCGUUUCCUUAGCACAGUGCUCAUGCGCCACUGCGCCAGCUUGGUCUAUCAUACAAUGGCUCGAAAAGGAUCAUCAAAUGGGCUUCCGCUUUUCGGUGUAAUUGUCUGUAUUGUUUAUGUACAUUUAUUUACGUGCCCUUACACCAAAGUUGAGGAAAGUUUCAACUUACAAGCUAUUCAUGAUAUCCUAUACCACCGAUUCAAUUUCGAAAAGUAUGAUCAUAAUGAAUUCCCUGGUGUGGUCCCACGUACGUUUCUUGGACCUCUAUUCAUAUCAGUCCUAAGUGCACCAAUUACAUGUGUGCUUACCUUCCUUCAAGCUCCAAAACUUUACUCUCAGAUUCUCGUGCGAGGGGUUCUUGGACUAUGUGUGAUCAUGGCUCUGUGGCAGAUGCAGAAAGAGGUCAGGAGGCAGUUUGGGUCAAUGGUGGCCAGUUUGUUCUGCUUUAUCUCCACCACACAGUUCCAUCUGAUGUUCUACAGCACAAGAACACUCCCUAAUGUGUUCGCUUUACCUAUAGUUCUGCUGGCAUUUACAUCCUGGAUGGCUAAGAGGCAUUGCCCCUUCAUUUGGCUCUCUGCUUUGGUCAUUAUUGUUUUCCGCUUUGAACUGUGUCUCUUCCUUGGGCUGAUGUUGUUGAUAUCGCUCCUAAGCAGGAAACUCAAUUUUCUACUGUUGCUUUACCAUGGCAUACCUGCUGGCAUGUUAUUUUUGGGUCUAACUGUCACUAUUGACACAAUAUUCUGGAACAAGCUACUCUGGCCUGAGGGUAAGGUACUCUGGUACAACACCAUCCUGAAUAAAAGCUCCAACUGGGGAACCUCUCCUUUUCUGUGGUACUUCUACUCUGCACUGCCGAGAGCUCUUGGCAGCACAAUACUAUUUAUACCUGUUGGCCUAUUGGACAGACGGACAAGAACACUGUUCAUCCCAGCUGUAGGCUUCAUUCUGCUGUACUCCAUUUUACCCCAUAAGGAGCUCCGUUUUAUCAUCUACACCUUCCCUGUGUUUAACAUAAUUGCUGCUCGUGGCUGCUCUUACAUUUUGAACAGUUGCCACAAGUCACGGAUACAUAAAAUUUGCUCCGUAGUUGUGAUAGGCCAUUUGAUGUUGAACGGAGUAUACACAAGUAUUUCUCUGUAUGUUUCCUAUUACAACUACCCAGGAGGGAAAGCAAUGCAGGAGUUACAUAGAUUAAAGCCAGCAACAGCAGAUGUUUCAUUACACAUUGAUGUACUUGCUGCACAAACUGGAGUCUCACGUUUUCUGGAACUUAAUAGUAACUGGAGGUACAACAAGAGGGAAUAUUUGACCCUUGAGGAUCCAAUCAUGAAAACAUAUUCACAUCUUUUAAUGGAAGCAAAUGAAACAAAGAUAUUGUUGCUCAAAGAUUCUUACAAGCCUUUGGUCUUUAUUCCAGGAUAUGAAAGCCUUGAAUUCGAGUUGUCCCAUUUUCCACCUCUUCAUAUAAAUCUUAUCAAGAAGCUUAUGGUUCUAGAAAGACUUGAUACAUUAAAUAAUCCCAAUUAAUGAAAUGUGUACUUUUUAAUUAAUAGUAAUACUACCUAUAACAUGAAAAAACAUGUUAAAAUGUAUAAAAGAAAGGUUUGUCUUAUUAGAAGGGGUUUAUCUUGUGAAACCAAAUCAAACAAUCGCUUGUUACCUUUUCUUCUGCAUUCCCAGCAACCUCUAUAAGGUUUGUACAAUGGUGUGGUCAUUGAUACCAACCGUUAUAAAUAAUGUAAUUAAUUUCCAUUUCAUACUGCAUUAAAUACGUUUGGGUGUCUUUACUGUCAUUAAACAAAUUGUUUUCCCUCCACUUUUUGUUGGUUUGGGGUAAGAUCUUUAUAUAUUAAUUUAAUUUAUUCAGAUUAUUUAAAUAUACUGAAUCUGGUGACAACAAUAACAAAAAAAUGACAACUGAAGACACUUAUUCAAAAGGGGUAAACCUUUUAUUAAUUAAAAAAGUUAUGGUUCCAGUCUGAAUGCUUCCUCAUCAAAUGAUAAAUCGCAAAUUAUAAU